UGUGUGGACCAGGCCUGGCAGGCAUCAGAAGGAGGGACAGACUGCUGUCUAGAUGGCCAACCUAAUGGACAAGGGAGGAUAUGCAGCCUAGUCAGGGAGUGAGCCAUAGCUGGAGACUGCCCUUGUGCCAAUGACCCUUCCCAAUUCCUCCUGUGUCUUAGAAGACAAGAUGUGUGAGGGGAACAAGACCACCAUGGCCAGCCCCCAGUUGAUGCCCCUGGUGGUGGUCCUGAGCAGCAUCUCCCUGGUCACAGUGGUACUCAACCUGCUGGUGCUGUAUGCUAUACGGAGCGAGCGGAAGCUGCAUACUGUGGGGAACCUGUACAUCGUUAGCCUCUCGGUGGCAGACCUGAUCGUGGGUGCUGUGGUCAUGCCCAUGAACAUCCUGUACCUCCUCAUGACCAAGUGGUCCCUGGGUCGCCCUCUCUGCCUCUUUUGGCUUUCCAUGGACUAUGUGGCUAGCACGGCAUCCAUUUUCAGUGUCUUCAUCUUAUGCAUUGAUCGCUACCGCUCUGUCCAACAGCCCCUCAGGUACCUGAAGUAUCGCACCAAGACCCGAGCAUCAGCCACCAUCUUGGGAGCCUGGUUUCUCUCCUUUCUAUGGGUCAUUCCCAUCCUAGGUUGGCAUCACUUCAUGUCCCGCACCUCAGGGCGCCGAGAGGACAAGUGUGAGACAGACUUCUACGAUGUCACCUGGUUCAAGAUCAUGACUGCCAUCAUCAACUUCUACCUGCCCACAUUACUCAUGCUCUGGUUCUAUCUGAAGAUCUACAAGGCUGUACGACGACACUGUCAGCACCGGGAGCUCAUCAAUGGAUCCCUUCCUGCUUUCUUAGAAAUUAAACAGAAGCCAGAGAAUCCCAAGGUGGGCACCAAAAAAUCAGAGAAGGAGGCUCUGAAAAGGGAGUCGAAAGAUGCCAGUAGUGGACCUGUUUUGAAGCCAUCACCCCUGGAUACAAAGGAGAGAAAAUCUCCAGAUACCUUGAGCCAAGAGGAGGAUGGAGAAGCAGCUAAACUCCCCUGCUUCUCACUUGAUCUUGUGCAGACACAGAGUGUGGCAGCGGGAGAUGGAAGGGGCUGCGAAGUUGUGGACAAGAGUGAGAAUCAGCUCAAGAUGGAGGGGCAGAGCCUAAACACCCAUCGAGUCAGCGAGAUGUCAGUGGAUCACAUGUUUGCCGAGAGCCAGUCCAUCGGCCGCACAACAGACUCAGACACCAGCACAGAGCCAGCACUGGGCAGAGACAAAUUGAGAAGUGGGUCCAACCCAGGCCUGGACUACAUCAAGUUCACAUGGAAGAGGCUCCGCUCCCAUUCCAGACAGUACGUGUCUGGUUUGCAUGUGAACCGCGAACGGAAGGCUGCCAGACAGUUGGGUUUCAUCAUGGCAGCCUUCAUCCUUUGCUGGAUUCCCUACUUCAUCUUCUUCAUGGUCAUUGCUUUCUGCAAGAGCUGCUGCAAUGAACAUGUGCACAUGUUCACCAUCUGGCUGGGCUACAUCAACUCCACGCUGAACCCCCUCAUCUACCCCUUGUGCAAUGAGAACUUCAAGAAGACAUUCAAGAAAAUUCUACACAUUCGAUCAUAAGGGAGGCACCAAGGUUGUGACAAAAUGAUACUCGAUGUCCAAGAAGGAGAUGGAGGAGGAAAGUCUGGGCAUUGCUGAGCACCUGGGCUUUCUGGAAAAGAGUUGAAACCACAGUCUUAGGGGCUGCUUGGUGUGGAAAAGUUCUCAGGUACUGAGGGAAGAACAGCAGAUGGUGGUGGUCAGUGCAAAGAUUGUACUUGGAGUAGAAAGCAGAAUAUUUGCAAGAGAACAAGACCUGGGUGGAGUUGAGUUGUCCUGCCUCUCAGGGAGAAGUGGGAGUCUCUGACUCUCAUUGUAAUUUGAGUUUUCAGACUGGAAUUAAUUGGUAACUGAAGGGACACUGGAUAGAGAUCCACUGGAGAAUUAGGACUCUGCCUGCAACAGAGCUAGAUGUCUGUGCAGAGACAUGCAAAUAGCUGCUGCCCCUUUCUAGGGGUCACCUGGAGAGGCAUGACAGCUAUUCCCUUGUGGCUGCCACUUCUCAGAACACCUCUCUUCUGAGCCCUUUCUACAGCUUUCUCCAGAACCAAGGUCUGAUCUACGCUGCAGAUUCUGCCUUACUCUUUCUCACUCACGCAUGUCUUAGAGUUGAUAGGACAUUAUGCAGCUUGCCUGUCUGUUGUUUUCAACCCCAAAUUCCUUCUGGCUCUUAAAAACACGGUGACAAAAGCUGCCCUCAAAAGAAAGAGAGAGGAAACGUUCUGGAGUGAGUGUGUGUUAAAAGCAAAACAAGGGAGUGGGGUUGUGGCUCAGUGGUAGAGUGCUUGCCUAGCACAUGUGAGGCACACGUGAGGCACUGGGUUCAAUUCUCAGCACCACAUAUAAAUAAAUAAAAUAAAAAUUCAUCAACAACUAAAAAAUAUUUUUUAAAACAGCCAAACAAAACAAAAGAGUAGGAGCAAGAAAGCCAUAUUUCUUGAGGACCAGACCAGGUUUACCUCAUGGAAGUCCCAUGACACCACAACAGAAGAAGCCUUAUUGGUUCCAGUUCUCCGAGGAGCAAAUGGAGGUGUAUCAAGGUGAAAUGAGAUGCCCAAGAUCACAUAGCUAGUUAUGUAAGAAAGAAUGAAAAUCUCUGGGGUUGCAGCUCAUUGUAACACAUUUUUUCCAAAAGGCAGAAAUGCAUCCUGUUAAGUACACACAUACACACACAUACAAACACAAGAUGUUCCCAAGAGUGGCAACAAUUUCCAAAAUAAUAUGUUGAGAGGAAAAACAGCUGACAUGGAACACAUCUGUGGCCACAGGUGACCCUUUGAAGGGACUGUGCAUUAUUUUUAUCUGAGUCCCAAAGUCAUCAUGUUCUUUUAUACUUACAUGUGUUAACUGAAAAUUACCAAAGGCAUGAGAACAUAUAUUUGGUAUUUAUGUUGCAAUCUGGUUGUGAUUUAUAUUUUAAAACUUAAUGCUAAAGCUUAAUAUGUGUAACAAAUGGGAAUGCUUGUACAAGCUGGUCUUCUGUGUCUUGUGUUCCUGUUUGCAUGAUCCAUUAAAAUGAGAUAUUUUUACCUACCUAAAAUAUGAUGUUUUAAAGGAUAAUGUUAUGUUUUUAUUUAUUUAUUUCUACCCUUCUGAGUAUGUUGAAUGGAGAAAAUGUAUUGAAAUGUAUUGAGGAAUGUUACAAGGCUUGAUAGAGGGUUUC